UGAGCUUGGAAGCAGAUGGCCGCCGAGGGGAGCGGGACCAUGCCGCACAACUUCCAACCCGGGGACCUGGUCUUUGCUAAAAUGAAGGGCUACCCCCAUUGGCCAGCCAGGAUUGAAGAUGUGGCAGAAGGUGCAGUGAAGCCGCCACCUAAUAAAAUUCCAAUCUUCUUCUUUGGGACUCAUGAAACUGCAUUUUUGGCUGCCAAGGACCUUUUUGCCUAUGAAAAGUACAACGAUCGCUAUGGAAAGCCCAACAAAAGGAAAGGCUUCAAUGAAGGCUUAUGGGAGAUCCAGAACAAUCCACAUGCCUCCUACAGUGCUCCACCAUUGCCCGCUAGCUCGUCCGAAAGUGAAGGUGGCAACGCUAGUGGAGGAAGUGAAGAUGAAGAAGCUCCCGUGCCCAGGAAAGCAGAAUCCGCAAGUGAAGUUGACUCUGAUUCUGCCAGUGAAGACAGAGGGGGAGGAGUAAAGAGGAAGCCGCCAGCUACUAAGCGUCCGCCUCCCUCGAAAAAGACUCGUCACUCGUCCAGCGACAAAGAUGAGGAAAGCGGAUCCCCGUCAGGGUCAGAAGCCACCCCUUCAGACUCCGAUUCUGGCAAGAACAGCGACCAGGAUUUUACUCCAGAGAAGAAAGGAGCUGGUCGAGGUGGAAAGAAAACUGCAGCAGCAGGCAGAGGGAAGAAAAAGAAAGAUUCUUCCAACUCUGAUUCAAACUCAGAAUCCGGUUCCGAGAAAAAAGCAGCCGACAGCGACUCUGAGGAUGAAAAGCCUCGUCCAGCCGUGUCCGGUUCCGAGUCGCAAUCUGGUUCAAAGUCCGACUCUGAAUCUGACCCGCCUCCCCGGAAGGCUCCUCCGGCACGCAAAAAAGCUGCGGAGAAAAAAUCCACGCCGAAGCCUCGCGCUCGGAAACCCAAAGCUCCUCCUCCAAAACGAGCGCCUUCAUCGUCGUCAUCAGACAGUGACAGUGACAGCGAGCCCGACCGCAUCAGUGAGUGGAAGAAACGAGACGAGGAGCGACGGAGAGAGCUAGAAGAGCGGCGGAAAAAGGAGGAGGCAGAGGAGAUUCGGCGGCUGCGGGAGCGUGAAAAGGAGGAAGAUGAGAAGCGGAAAAGAGAGAAGGAGUUGAAAAAGGACAGUGACAGCAGCAGUUCAGAUGAAGGUGUCGAUGAGCACCCGCUGAAAAGGUCCAAGAAGCCGCCUCCGCCCCCGAUCCCAGCGCCAUCUGACUCGGAUUCUGCAUCACCUGCUGAGGUGAAGAAACCAGCCAAGAAGUCAGACAACCAAAACAAAAGUCGACUAAAUAAGGCAAAGGAGAGAAAGGAGAAAAAACUCCAGGAGAGGAAAGCCAAACGGUCUGAAGAAAGAUCCAGAGCCAGGUCUAAGCCUGAAAAACCUAAGCACAAACCUGAGAGGCUUCCACAAAAGAAUGUAGAAAAGAAAAAAGAACCCUCACCAGACAAAAAACUUCAGAAACUUCACACAGACAUCAAGUUUGCCCUCAAAGUGGACAACCCAGACAUUGAGCGGUGUCUACAAGCCUUGGAAGAGCUGGAAGCUGUACCUGUCACCAGUCAGAUCCUUCACAAGAAUGCCGACGUCAUCGCCACGCUUAAAAAGAUUCGGCGGUAUAAAGCCAGCGCUGCCGUCAUGGAGAAGGCCAGCGAGGUGUAUAACAAAUUAAAACUUCGUUUUGUGGGCAAAGCAGAAAUGGCAGUGAAACCCAAAUCAGACAAAGAAGGAGAAGACAAUGAGAAGGAGACACAAGACACAGACUCAACUGCUGUAAACGGAGACACACAAGAGAAAAAAGAUGAAGACAGAGGUGAAAAAAUGGCCGAAGCUGACGGCAACAAUGAGAAUGAUUCAAGUCCAUUCAGGCGAAGCCCGGACAGCCCCGAGCAGACGGAUGAUUACGCUCAAGCAAACAACAACAACAUUUCUGCGGACAUGGAGGCAUCCUCUGCUGAAAGUUAAAACAAAAAGACCCCUUUCUCCCCUAACAACGACUGCAGUGGACCAAGUGUAAAAAAUGGAGGACAGAAAGGAGCCAACGACACUGCAACAAAAUUACCACCCUCUGCUAUACAUCAGUGUCUUUGCUCCGGACAUUUGCAACUAUUCACACUAGUGCAGAAAGGAGGAAUUAUGAUUGUGAUAGGUUGGGCUGCAAAUAUAACAUCCUUAAGUUUCAUAAAUGUCUUCUCUUACAUGACUGUCCAGUUUUUUGUUUCUUUUUUAAGAAAAAAAUUAUACUGUACACAAAUAUGAUUAUCCCAUGCACUUAUGAACUCAAUUUGUGCAGUUGAAGGUAUGAAUUUUGAAUCUGGCUGAAUUUUCCUCUUCAAUACCUGGGUUCAUUUUGGCUUUUUUUUUUAAUUAAUAUAUAUAAAUGCUACAAAACAUCACAGAGCACCUGUUGUUUGUAUUAGAUGUUUGAGAUUGGUGAACUUGUCUUAAGUUUUUGUCUUUUUUUUUUUAUGUGUAAGGCAAUGAAAUUAGUUAACUGGUCCACUGACUUUUUAUAUUCGUUUUCACAUAUUAAAAAAAAUUGUGGCAUUACACGCACGCAUCGUCUUGCUGUCAUGUCUGAUAACCUGCGUGUUUGAUAUACUUGCCCUCCGGAAAUUGUGGCGAUCUUAUGUAGCUGUAGAUUUUAAUGAAACUCAAUAAUAAACAGUACAAAUGGCAGGUGGUGUAUGUAAAUAUUUCUAUUCCAUCUUUAGUUGAGCCUUUAAUAAAAAGCAUCUGCAUGGUUUUG